AAGUUAACUGAUUGGCAUUCGCGAGGGACUCGCGGUGCGGGCGUUCGCGGGUCGGUGUAACCUGGUGCGGUCAUCGUUGGUAGUCGAAACAUGAUUUCGUGUGGCUCGUGCUCGCGCGAUCGCUCCAGUUCGACUCCAGCCCGCUCGUUUGUGGCCCAGCAACGUGCGUGACGUGUGUCGACGACGCCGAUGCGAGAACGGGGCCGUCCUCGCGGACCAUCCACUGCGGACGAUGUCGGGCAGCAGUGAUUCCGAGGAGUUCUUCGACGCGGAGGACGACUCGUUUCAUCGCGCGUCACGAAAAGGUAAGCAUCGUGAUUCUACCAGUGCGGAAUCUCAACCUCAAGUCGAAGAAACACCAGAAGUUUGUAGACAAGUGGAUGAUCAUGUUUUCGUAAAACCUGCUGAACCUAAAACAGUUGUCGAACCAAAGGAAUGUGUAUCUGUAGACCCUGUACAAAAUAAAGAUAAGCUUGACGAAGAUGCCAAGGAAUCAACAGUGGACAAGAUUGUGGGGAGGAAAAGAUUUCGCGAACUGCGGCAACGCAUGCAGACGGAAGACGACGAUAUCGCGAUCAAUAGUUCCCCUCCGGACAGUCAGACAUCUUCCAUUGAGGGUGUUUAUCCGACCCCUUCAAAAACGACCCAUCCAUUCAGGAUUAUAGAGCAUGACACUUUGAGCUUACAAAGUAUGACCUCUUUAGGACGAGUGGGCCGAAUUCUGGCAGGAGUCGCGGACAAUGCUUCUGGCGUACUCGUACCUGGUAUAUCCCAGUGUCCUCCUUCUGCCGUCCUUACCCGUGAGGGUCAAAUGUCCUCCGUUGCUAGUAUUCCAAGCAAAGACGAGGACACAACCUCUGGUAAGGUGUCCCAGUCUUCCAGCGUUCUUACGUUAUCAGGGGAUGUCCUGCAGGAAUCCUCUGCUAACGGUAGGUCCAAUCAUGCUUCUCGCUCGCAAAAUGACAAGACUGUUAUGCUUCAAGAACCUGACGUCAUCGCUAGUACAAAGAAUAACGGGAAACCAGCAGAAGAUUCUGCUAUCCCUGGUGUACCCGUUGCUCCACCGCGUCGUAAAAAGAAAACCAAGAUUCAUAGGUCACCUAGUGAUCUCGCUCCUUCCACAGAAGCAUUAGUACCCGCGUCGCCUCUUCCAAGUCCAGCGAGCACUAUAGAAUCAAUUACUAGAGAAUUUGAGCACUCACUCGAUAUCCGAUCCGCGACAAAAGGGCAGUACGUUGUUAAGCCUCAGGACGAAGACAAGUUGAAAGCGGAAGGGCCAUCUACGGAGGAAUUGGAGAGAGUAGAAAGAAUGAAGGCUGAACUACUCAGUCAUUCGAGCGGAAAAUCUAGCAGUCCAUUAGGAUCAGCGUCAAGCAACAGUAUUGGCCGUUACUCUUUAGGUCCACAUAAAUUAUCAAGCCUGAGUCCGCACAGUUCCAAAGAAAGGCGCAAGUCUGCUGGCGAUCAAGAUUUGGUCAAGCAAUUAAACAUGUUUGUUAGAACUAGAACGGAUUCUGGCAAGCGUCUCACCGAUAUGGAAAUUUUGGAGCAAGUGCCUGUAACAAAUUUAGAUACAGGGGAGCAGGUGCCAUUAAGUAUAGCGGAGGAUAAAUUACCGCAGUGUAUUAAUCCAUUGUCGCUACACAUCAUGAGACUCACCAAGUCUAAAUACAUAAGUAACUCUAGUCUUGAGAAGGAGAAAGAGAGCGAUGAGGAAAGCGUGGACAGCAAGAUGUCCAGUAUACCACCAGACGAGGACGUGUCCGUGGACCGAGUUCGCAAGCGGACGCAAAAGUUGAAGCGAUUCCUAGGUUCUACCGUGAAGAAGACGAUGAGCAAAGCCAAGUCGAUUGCGCAAGAAGUGUCGCACGCGAGACACAAGGAGGAUGUCAUGGACAUAGUAGACGACGUUUAUCCUGGUGAACAGCAGUACAUAAAAUUGAAGGCCUCCAACAGCCACAAAGGCCCGUACGAGUUUAGUUGUCUGCAGCACGUUCAGGAUCUUAGCGGAGAACACAUUGGACCUGUCUGGUGCAUGAAAUUUUCCGCUUGCGGUCGAUUGCUGGCCACCGCGGGACAAGAUCGGGUCCUAAGGAUUUGGGUCCUACGCGACGCGUUCACGUACUUCCAGGACAUGCGAACCAAGUAUAACGCAGAAAAGGUCAGUCCUACUCCCUCGCAGGAAUCAUUAGUUUCGCAGCAGUCCAUGGAAGAUCCUAACGUUGUGGCUAGUGCCUUCAGCGAGAUAGAAGGAACGAAGAGCCCGUUCAUGCCAAAGCCGUUUUGUACAUAUACUGGCCAUACCUCGGAUCUGCUUGAUGUCUCAUGGUCUAAGAACUAUUUCGUUUUGUCUUCGUCGAUGGAUAAAACAGUACGGCUUUGGCACAUAUCCCGCAAGGAAUGUUUAUGUUGCUUCCAACAUAUCGAUUUCGUCACCGCUAUAGUAUUCCAUCCGCGGGACGAUCGAUAUUUCCUCUCGGGAUCGCUAGACGGUAAAUUGCGCUUGUGGAAUAUCCCAGACAAGAAGGUCGCCGUAUGGAACGAGGUGGACGGGCAAACGAAACUGAUCACCGCGGCGAACUUCUGCCAGAACGGGAAAUUCGCGGUUGUGGGAUCGUACGACGGUAGAUGCAUAUUUUACAAUACAGAUCAAUUGAAAUAUCACACGCAGAUACACGUGCGAUCGACGAGGGGGAAGAAUUCCACCGGCCGCAAGAUCAGCGGCAUCGAACCCAUGCCGGGCGAGGACAAAAUUCUGGUUACAUCGAACGACAGCCGUAUCCGUCUGUACGAUUUGAGAGAUUUGAAUCUAUCUUGCAAGUACAAGGGAUACGUUAAUAUCAGUAGUCAAAUUAAAGCGAGCUUUAGUCCGGACGGACAAUACAUAGUUAGCGGUUCUGAAAAUCAAUGCAUUUAUAUCUGGAAGACCCAUCACGACUAUUCCAAGUUUUCUAGCGUUCGUAGGGAUCGGAAUGAUUUCUGGGAGGGCAUAAAGGCUCACAAUGCUGUGGUAACUUGCGCCGUGUUCGCACCGAAUCCGGAUAGCAUUAUCAGGCAGAUCGAGGCGAGAGAGCAAUGGGAGAGCAAAGAGGAAUCGAAAAGUGUGGACAGUUCCAACGUAGUUCCCGUUGAUCCUGUCGUUGAGCAACGUACUAAAGGCUGCGGAGGCCACGUCCUUGUGAGUGCCGACUUCAAUGGAUGCAUAAAGGUUUUCUUGAACAAGACGAAACCUAAGCACAGUUCCCUACCAGCGUCCGCGCUCGCGUAACGUAAUACUAGUUUAUGUGAUAGUAAUAGAAUUAACGAAUGUACAUUCUCGCGUGCGAGUAUUCUCCUUGCCUCCUUAUAUCGCGAGUUUUACUACGCGCUCGUUCUGAUUAACGAUUACGCAGAAAUAACUUUUUUAAUGCCAUUAUUUACGCUACAAACAUUAUUUUAUUAUGUCAUGCAUAUGAGAAACAUUUUAAAUAAUAAUAUAUUAAUAACAAAGAUUACCAUCAAGUUCUUUUUAAAUUCACGUCUCAAUUUGUUCUAUCAAUAGAUUUUGAAUUUCUUCCAUCUCUUAGAGAGUCGUAUCGCGAUUUAACGGUGCUGGUUCACUGUUACCAUAAAGUUACUAUCUUACAAGAGGUUUAUCAAAAUUAUCUCAUAGAACGAUAACGCAAGUUGUCGAUGAAGAUAUAUGAAACAGAUAUCGAAUUGUUCUCAUAUUAUAUAUAUAUAUAUAUUACAUACGCUAAAAACAUAUAAUGAAGACAAGAGCACCUUGGUGAAAACGAAGUAUAAAGAAAUACGCAGGCUAAUGGCGAAAUAUUCAGAUACAGCUCGUUUUCAUUGAUUAUAACAUAUUCGCAGAUUUAUAUAAAAUUCUCGGUCAUUUGCCAAUAGUGAAAUCUUAAAUAGGAAUUGCUGCUUUUUGCGAAUGUUACGUCGGAUUUUACAAGGUCCGAUCUAAUAUUCAAAAAGAUCCUAGCUGUAAGAUAGCGUAACACAUUGAAGACAAUAUCAAAGGUGGUUUAGAGCUAAAUACAUCACGGUUACGUUUUUCUACGAACGUCCUACAUAUUUUAGAGAACAUAAUGCCGUAAUUUAAUUGUGGGAUUUUGGAGUAACAUUUUUGUUAGACGUUAUAAUUUGAUUGUCGAGCUACGUGUAAAAAAAUGCGUUGGGUUCCGCAGAUACAUGCGUACGUGCAUAAUCCAUCUUGAAUAUAAUCAAUACGUUGCGAUCGAGAGAAAGACAGAAAGCAGAGAGAAAAGUUGUCAUGUGCUCACGACACUCGCUAUUUAGAGCUUAAUGUCGUAGAAUAUGCCACGUCGAUCUAAUGUUGACGCGUCAUGCGAAACACGCGCUUCGCGUCUUGUCAAUUAUAAUGAAAGGAAAAUCAUUUGUACGAAUAAACACGUUCUGCAAGGGCGAUUCCGUACUGUGUUGAACAUUUCGUAUGAUAUAUUUAUUAUUUAAUUUUUCAUAUUGAGAGGGAGAAGAAGGCGAAGCUAACAAUUUUGAAAGCGUAUUCGCGAUUAACGCAGGUUGAAGUGCGUAGGUAUAAAAUAAUCUAAAAUGAUCUGAGAUUCGCAGGAAUAAACGGUCUGCGCGACAGACUGUGUAAAAUACGUUUGUGAACCGUGUCGUGAUUAUGAAUAUACAAGAAGGACUUGUAGGUAUUUUGUGUAAAUGCAAUUGUAAAUACGAUCGUGUCCCGAUAUUAUAUUGAUAGCAGCACAGUGUGCACAAAAUUAUUGUUUCCCAUAAUAAUCGUGUAACAUAAACUGUAUUGAUAGUUUAUUGGUAUAUUGAAGUGUAUCUGUUUUUUAGGCAGUCACGCGUACGUUGAUAUACAUAAACCUGCAUUAAACAUGAUUGUA